GCUCUGCCCUCUCUGCCUGCCGCUUGCGGCGGCGUAGCUCGCAAACCCGGGAUACAAGUGGGGAUGGCGGCGUUGGCGGCGUUGGCGGCGACUGUGGGCGGGCUGUUGAGGCUACGUGCGGCCGGGGCGGAAGGACAGUGGCGUCGGCUUCGAGGCGCGGGGCUGCUGCGGGGCUUGCUGCAGCCCGACUCGGCCACCGGGGUUGCUGCGCAGAGGAGGCAUGUGGCUCACUUCACUUUCCAGCCGGACCCGGAGCCCCAGGAGUAUGGGCAGACUCAGAAAAUGAAUCUUUUCCAGGCAAUAACAAGUGCCUUGGAUAACUCAUUGGCUAAAGAUCCUACUGCAGUAAUAUUUGGUGAAGAUGUCGCCUUUGGAGGAGUCUUUAGAUGUACGGUUGGCUUGCGAGACAAGUAUGGAAAAGAUAGAGUUUUCAACACGCCGUUGUGUGAACAAGGGAUCGUUGGGUUUGGAAUUGGGGUCGCAGUCACUGGGGCGACCGCUAUUGCAGAAAUUCAGUUUGCAGAUUAUAUUUUCCCUGCUUUUGAUCAGAUUGUUAACGAAGCUGCCAAGUACCGCUAUCGCUCUGGGGAUCUUUUUAAUUGUGGAAGCCUCACUAUCCGGGCGCCUUGGGGCUGUGUCGGCCAUGGGGCUCUUUAUCAUUCUCAGAGUCCUGAAGCUUUUUUUGCUCACUGUCCAGGAAUCAAGGUGGUUGUACCCAGAAGCCCUUUCCAGGCCAAGGGACUUCUUUUGUCAUGCAUAGAGGAUAAAAAUCCUUGUAUAUUUUUUGAACCUAAAAUACUUUACAGGGCAGCAGUUGAACAGGUUCCUGUAGAACCAUACAACAUUCCCCUGUCCCAGGCUGAAGUCAUUCAGGAAGGGAGUGACGUGACUCUAGUUGCCUGGGGCACUCAGGUUCAUGUGAUCCGAGAGGUGGCUUCCAUGGCUCAAGAGAAGCUUGGAGUGUCUUGUGAAGUCAUUGAUCUGAGGACUAUACUACCUUGGGACAUGGAUACGGUUUGCAAGAAAUUCAGAGAAGCUGCCUAUGGAAAAGAAGAACUUGAUUUUGGCAGGAGAAUGACAGUCUUUGAAAGAAACUCAGGAUUCAAGAAUAAUACUGUCCUUCAACUUAAAAUCAACUACAUACAACAGUGCCAAAAAGGAAAGAAAAAUGACAGUUUACAAGGUUCUGUGAUCAAAACAGGGCGACUGCUAAUCAGCCAUGAGGCUCCCUUGACAGGCGGCUUUGCGUCGGAGAUCAGCUCUACAGUUCAGGAAGAAUGUUUCCUGAACCUAGAGGCUCCUAUAUCAAGGGUAUGUGGGUAUGACACACCGUUUCCUCAUAUUUUCGAGCCCUUCUACAUCCCAGACAAAUGGAAAUGCUAUGAUGCCCUUCGAAAAAUGAUCAACUAUUGAUCAUAUUGAAAAACUGGAAGAUUGUGACUAGAUACGGAAAUAUUUUUCUGAAAAUUCUUUUUAUUUCCUCAGACUUCUCUCUUCUUGAAAAUAGAGUUUUUAUGAACUGAACCAUCAUGGAUAUUGGCUGAAAAUUUUUAAUUAGUUAUUGUAUUAACACAUAUGAAUUGAUUUCCAUUAAGAGUGUCUGAUUAACUUUUUAAAAUGCUUCACUUGGUAGUCUUAUAAAUUCCAUUUAAUUACAUCUGUAAAUAUUGGGUAUGGGGUAGUAUUCAAUAAAGCAAAAUCAGAUUGUCCUCA